UACUUCUUAUAUUCCAAACCCAAAAACAACUCCAUCUGCUUCACCCUUUGAAAUCUCCUCUCAUUCAUCCAAAAAACAAAAGAAAUCUCGAUCCUCUCAUUCAUCCGAUUAAUCCGGCAACAAUGGCAACAACCGAAGGAGUUGCCCGCCCAUUCAAAAACGCCCGUCCUCCAACCCUCCCUCUCCCAAAAGACACCGCAAACCUCAUUUGUGUAUCAGAAAAUUCUCACUUGUCAGCCCCUCUACACUGGAAGAAAGCUGCAGAGGCCCUCCAAUGCACCCAUUUUGAUGAAGUCUGCCGCAUGGUCUCCCAAUUUUCAAAGGUUGAAAGCGUUGACAUCCAGGGCACCUCCCUCACUGUUGCUCAGGUCACUGCAGUCGCACGCCGCAGUGAAGUAAAGGUUAACCUUGAUGAAGCCGUGGCUCGUGAACGUGUGGCCAAAAGCGCCAACUGGGUUGCCGACAAUAUCUCCCGCGGAACUGACACAUAUGGUGUUACCACUGGUUUCGGAGCCACUUCACACCGGCGCACCAACAAAACGGUUCACCUCCAGACAGAGCUUAUACGGUUCCUUAAUGCCGGAGUGAUCGGGAAAGAGAAUCUCCCCUCCACUUAUUCAAAGGUAGCUAUGCUUGUUCGCACAAACACACUCAUGCAAGGCUUUUCCGGUAUUCGAUGGGAGGUACUCGAAGCCAUGGCCAAGCUGAUGAACAAGAAUUUGAUCCCUAAACUACCCCUUAGGGGGACUAUCACUGCUUCCGGGGAUCUUGUACCACUUUCUUAUAUUGCCGGUUUACUAACUGGCCGCCAUAAUUCCAAAGUGGUCACCCCUGAAAAUGAAGAAAUCACAGCCGUGGAAGCUCUGAAGAGAGCAGGAAUUCCAGCUCCUUUCGAGCUUCAAGCAAAGGAGGGUCUAGCUCUUGUGAAUGGGACGGCUGUUGGUUCGGCUGUGGCCGCAACAGUUUGCUUUGAUGCCAACAUUCUGUCUCUCUUUGCAGAAAUUCUCUCUGCUUUGUUCUGUGAAGUCAUGCUUGGCAAUUCCGAGUUCACAGACCCGCUGACGCAUGAGCUCAAGCACCACCCUGGGCAGAUUGAAGCAGCUGCUAUCAUGGAGUUCCUUUUGGAUGAAAGCGACUACAUGAAAGAGGCAAAGCUUCGUUACGAGAAAGACCCAUUGACAAAGCCAAAACAGGACAGGUAUGCACUCAGAACCUCUCCCCAAUGGCUCGGACCCCAAAUUGAAGUUAUUCGUAUGGCAACGCAUUCAAUUGAAAGGGAAAUCAACUCUGUGAAUGACAACCCGUUGAUCGACGUUGCUCGAGAUAUUGCUCUCCAUGGAGGGAAUUUCCAGGGUACGCCAAUCGGUGUCUCCAUGGACAAUCUCCGCAUUGCCGUUGCAGCAAUUGGGAAGCUUAUGUUUGCCCAGUUCUCUGAACUCGUAUGUGACUACUACAACAAUGGCUUGCCUUCCAAUUUGAGUGGCGGGCCUAAUCCGAGCUUGGAUUAUGGCUUCAAAGGGGCAGAGAUAGCCAUGGCUUCAUAUUGCUCUGAGCUUCAGUACCUGGCCAACCCUGUCACAACACAUGUACAGAGUGCUGAACAACACAAUCAAGAUGUAAAUUCUCUUGGUUUGAUUUCAGCCAGAAAGAGCGCUGAAGCCAUUGAGAUCCUGAAGCUUAUGUCUGCCACAUACAUGGUGGCACUUUGCCAGGCAAUUGAUCUGAGACAUCUGGAGGAAAACAUGAGGGAAGUUGUUAAACAUGUCCUCCUCCAAGUUGUGAGGAAGACCCUUUACUCUGCUGAAGAUGGAUCAUUGCUUGAAUCUCGUUUCUGCGAGAAAGAACUGUUGCAGGUUGUUGAGCACCAGCCCAUUUUCUCUUAUCUCGACGACCCCACUAAUCCCUCUUAUGCCCUCUUGCCUAAACUGCGAGAAGUACUUGUAGAGAAAGCACUCGUAGAUCCUCCUAAGGCUGAAAAUGGCAAUGACGAGGGCUUCUCAAUUUUCAAGCGGAUACCAAUAUUCCUUGACGAACUGAAAGCAAGGCUUGGAGAAGAGGUAGCCAAAGCGCGGGAUAGAUUUGAGAAUGGAGAUUUUCCAGUGGCAAACAGAAUCAAGAAAUGCAGGACUUAUCCUAUAUAUCGGUUUGUGAGGAGUGAAGUGGGGACAGAGCUUCUCACCGGAGCAAAGAAGGUGAGCCCAGGUGAGGAUAUAGAGAAGGUUUAUGAGGCCAUCAAUGGAGGCAAAUUGGGAGAUGUCGUGGUGAAGUGCUUGACAAAUUGGAAAGGGUGUGCAGGCCCAUUUACUCCGAGGCCUCUCACAGUACCGUCUUCUCCAAUGAAUUGUAAUCCUCAGUAUUGGGGUUGGUUUGAGAAUGAGAAGGUAAGGUCUCCUUCUCAACUUCCAAAGGCUUCAAAUGGGGGUGGAGCAUUUUGAACUUCUAUGUUUUUUUCUUCUUAAUUCAUAAUGCUUGUAUGAGAUCCAUGAGGAAUCCAUUCUUGCAAUUAUUCCCAGCACUUCUGUAAACAUGGAUCCUAAAAGAUCUAGUGGAAUUAGUAUAUUUUAAAUUUUUCAA